AUGCCCCCCAAGAUGACUGCUCGCCGUAAGAGCCUCAACCCACUCGAAAACGAGUACAUCCCGCCUGCGUAUUUGCCCAACUUGAAGAAGUACAAGUACUCUAGCACAGACUUCUCAAUCAUGAGCCGGUAUGUGCUGCAGCGAUACUGGAACUUUUUGGUGAAUCUUGUGCCCAUGACCGUCGCGCCAAAUUGCAUUACCUUCACCGGGUUUCUCAUCGGCAUGUCUUCAGCGGUCAUGCUGCUGUAUUUCUUCUUCUUUGAAGAGGGCGUGUACCCCAGUUGGUCUCUAUACUACGCCUCUUUCGCACUCUUCACCUACCAAACCCUAGACGCAAUUGAUGGCAAGCAGGCGCGGCGCACCGGCACUGGUAGCCCGCUCGGCGAACUAUUCGACCACGGCUGUGACGCCUUCCUCACCCCGUUUGUGUUGUUGAAUGUGAGUCUUGUUACCUACAUGACACCAGUGGAGCGCUUCUGGCUGUUGUCCUUCUCAUCCUUCAGCCUGUUUACCAUCAUCUGGGAGCAGUUCAGCACGGGGGUAUUCGUCCUUGGCUACGUCAAUGGCCCAACGGAGGGCAUCAUCCUCAACUGCGUGCUCUUCAUCGUCUCGGGCGUGUAUGGCGAGUCCAUCUGGGAUACGCCGGCUGUGGGACCGUACGACGUGGCGUACCCGCCAGCGUUGGCGUGGCUCUUCCCUGGAAGCAGCGGUGUUGUUCACAUCGAGUCUAUCCGAAGUGUCCUCUUUCUCAUAUUUCUGAUCUUCUGCCUUUUCACAAUUCUCACGAAUGUGAUACACGUGGUGGUUCGUCCAACAGUGCACGAUUCAAAGGUGACGCCCAUGCUUGCAGCAGUUCCAAUCCUCUCCAUGACGGCGCUUAUGGUUCAUGUGUCCGUGGUGUUCUCCAAUUUGAAGGUACACUUUCCAUUUGCGCUGGAGAUGAGCUACGGCCUGCUGGUUUCAAUUACAGUAACGCGGCUGACGCUGGCGCGGCUUAGCCUCAUGCCUUACAAGACUACAAAUUGGCACAUAGUUCUUCUCUUCAUUGCCCUGACAACGGCGUCGGUGUUGCACUACGCUGGUAAUGCUUCAGUGCCGCACGAGGUGGUCGAGAGGGUGCUUGGUUGGUCACUGACGGGGCUGUCUGUUUUCGCUGCCGUGCAAUACGGCCAUAUGAUUCUCUCCGCGUUCACCCAGAUCGCCCGCUACCUCAAUAUCUCUAUCAUGUCCAUCAAACCGAAGAAGUCGGAUUAG